AAAAACCUUAGUUAUUCCGUAAUAUCCAAAUAUUUAAAGUCAAGGCCAAAGCAACAACAACAAGAAAACACAACUGCAAUUGUGUGCGAGAUAAAAAAGAUGCAACGCAGUGCCUAGGAUCGAAUCUCUCCUAGUUAACCGCUUCCUGAAUCCCUGAAUCUUCCAUCAUGUGCUGCAAGUGCUGCGGGGAAACUCAACGAAAGGUCUGGGUCUUCGGCCUGGGAUCGCUCUUCGCGGUGCUGGGAGUACUCCUCGUGGUCUUCUGGCCGGGCAUUGCCGAUAACCUCGUCGAGGAUGGUCUUACCCUGAAACCUGGCACGGAUGCCUACGACAGCUGGCUGGAGGCGCCUAUCCCAAUCUACCUAAGCUUCUACAUGUUCAACUGGACGAAUCCGGAGGAGAUAAGGAACCCCAACGUCAAGCCCAACUUCGUGGAGAUGGGUCCGUACACCUUCUUGGAGAAGCACAAGAAGGAGAACUACACGUUCUACGAUAAUGCAACGGUGGCUUAUUACGAGCGCCGCACGUGGUUCUUCGAUCCGGAGCGUUCCAACGGCACCCUGGACGACAUGGUGACCGCUGCCCAUGCCAUCACCGCCACGGUGGCGGAUGAGAUGAGGAACCAGCGCAAGAUCGUCAAGAAAAUCAUCAACUUCAUGCUGAACCACGAGGGUGGCGAGUUGUAUGUGACCAAGCCGGUGGGCGAGUGGAUCUUCGACGGCUAUCAGGAUAACAUUACCGAUUUCCUGAACCUCUUCAACACCUCCAUGAUUGACAUUCCCUACAAGCGCUUCGGCUGGCUGGCGGAUCGGAAUGAAUCGCUAACCUACGACGGCCUGUUCACCAUUCACACUGGAACCGAUGAUAUAACCAAUCUGGGCAGGCUCACCCACUGGAAUGGAAAGAAUGAGACUGGUUUCUACGCCCGACCUUGCGGCAUUGUCAAUGGAACCACCGGCGACGUCUUCCCGCCCAAGAUGAAUGUCAACGAUGAGAUUACGAUUUUCGCCACCGAUGCCUGCCGCUUCAUGAACCUCCGACCGACAGGAACUUAUGAGAAUCAUGGCCUGACCGCCACUAAAUGGGUGGGCACCGAGGAGACUCUGGACUCGGGCGAGAACUACCCGAACCAGGAAUGUUUCUGUGAUUUGGAUCGAUUCACCGAGUGUCCCAAAACAGGCGUGGUGGAGUGCAAAGCCUGUCGCGACAAGGCGCCCAUCUACUCCUCCUUCCCGCACUUCUACCUGGCCGACCAGUCGUACGUGGAUGCCGUCACCGGGAUGAAGCCGGAGAAGGACAAGCACGAGUUCUUCCUCGCCGUGGAGCCCAUCACCGGAGUGCCCGUCCAGGUGCACGGCCGCAUUCAGAUCAACAUGAUGAUCGAGCCAGACGAUGACUUCGACAUUUAUCGUGGAGUGCCAAAAGUGCUGAUGCCCAUGUUCUGGUUCGAUCAGUAUGCGGAACUGUCCUCCGAGCUGGCUUCCAAGGCCAAGUUGGCCAUCAAUCUGUCGAGCUACGGCGUCAUCUUCGGCUAUUCGCUGGUCGCCUUUGGCAGCAUCUUCCUGGUCACCGGCAUCACGUUGACGGUGAUGAAAAAGUGGGUGCGACGAGCUCCCGAGGACGAGGACAUGCUAACCAACUAGAGCAUUGUAGUUUUAAAGCGUAGCCAAAGUGCCAGGAAAUAUGUUAACUCUCCUAGUUCAUUCUGAUAGUCGCGCAUCGCUUGUUGUCAGUUGUCAGUUACGCGUUAUGUAAUAUGUAAGAUCCGACGUUCGUCUUGCAUUUUGUGAUAGCAAACCCUACUCCUAACUUAACCAAAACCCUACUCUAACUGCAAUUAUUUCAAAGCUGAGAUUUUACCUUUUAUAAAACAGAACACCACACAAAA